ACGAAGAGACGCGUACACCGCUCAAAGGCUAUCCAGUCUGUUUGUUUAUAAAUCGAACAAUGAUCUUGAAUCGUAUGAUAAACAAAACAAUAAACGUUAUCUAGCGUUUGAUCUACGAUGUGUUUUAAGGUUAAGUGAUGGAAUUUAGGAUGUAUAAUAAAUUAUAUGUAUGAUUUUUAUCGAUUUUAAAGAUGUUCGAAAUGUAGAACGGAGCUGUCACCGUGUCUAGGUCAGUUGAAAUGCUUUGACGAGUAUUGUCUUAUCAAACGGUGCAAUUAUUAAUUCUUGUGAUUCAAUGUCAAUGGCAGAAAACAGAAGUCAAUGAUAUAUGAUUAUCAGUUUAGAAUUGAUAACCGUUCGUAUUAGACCGCUAUUGUAAGUGUUUUUGUAGUUUUAGAAAUCUUGUGAAUACGUGUGUAGCUCAUAAUUACCUUAUAUUAGUGUUGUUUUGUGAAGUCUGGGUCUCUAGAAGUGUGUGAAAGUGCUUUGUUUUCUUUGUGAGACCUAUUGUUAACGGAUAAUUGCUUGUCGUCGAAAAUCAGCAAAAUGUUUGGAGUUUUCAUGAAACGAUGGAAGCCAAAAAGAACAUCAAACGCCGACAGAAAUGAAAGCCCCGAAGCCGAAGGCAACAUAUCCCCCGAGCCCCCCGACCGCCCCCCCGGAAAGGUUCGCCAAGUCCAUCCAGAAGACAAAACUCAAGUCCUCGCCUACGACUCUACUUACAAGAGAAAACCUAAAGCGCUCCCUCUAGAGGACUACAGUUACAACCAUCUAGCUAACACGAACGUAGCUAUGUCGCCUAUGUAUCCGCUCACACCGAACAUUUGUGUGGAAGGAGGAAAGAUUGAGUUCAUAAAGUCCCCGUCAGGGAGCGCUAGGAAUAGUGUGGCGCUAGUGUCGCCCCCGCAGACACCGGUGGCGAGGCGCGGCUCGAGAGAAAAACGAGAGCGGAUAUAUGACGAGCCGACUGAGAAGUUCGAUGGGGAUAAGGAACUGCUGGAAAGGCGGAUUAAGCAGCUGGAGGGCCAGCUGGAAGAAGAGAAGUCGCGGACGCAGCGCGAACGGAUGACCGUCACCAAGCUCCAGAACAAGCUGAUUAAGCGCGAGGGAGCGGCGCGCAGCGAUGCGGAGCGCGAGCGGCGCGCGCGCAGCGACUGGGAGGCGCGGGCGCGCGCCGCCGAGGCCGACGCGGCGCGGCUCGCUGGCAAGCUGCACGCUGCCCAGCGCGAGAUAUCCAGGAUGGAGGAGACAGUGCGAUCGCUGCUGCAAUACAAGGGCCGCGUGGAAACUCUGAAGCAAGAGAAAGCUUCGCUAUCUUCCGCCCUGGAGGCUUCAGCGGCGCACUACCAGAGCCAGCUGUCUGCGCUGACGGCGGAGAACGAGCGCCUGCGCACGCAGCUGGAGGCGGGCGGGGGGGAGCAUGAGCGACGGCUCGACGACGUCGCGCAGCAGGUGGUCCGAGCAUUACUAUCACAAAAGAGCGUACGCGAAGAGCUGGGAUGCGCACGAGCACGCGUCCGAGAGCUGGAAGCUCAGAACCGAGCGCUGAGCGCGCUGUUAGUCCGUCAGUUACGCCCCGUCCCGCGGCCCUCGCCCGCCACUCCGCACACCCCGCUCACGCCCGCCAGGGACCUGCAAGUGCACCUCGUGGACGUCGGCUCCUGCGGCUCGUUGAUCUCGUUCCGCGACUCCCCGCCGCCCCCUCCGCCUGGCCCCGCGCCCGCGCUCUGCCACGACGACAAACGACGGCAUCAAAUACUGGCGGACAUCUGGACUGAACUGAAGGGCUUGGAGGUGACCCCUGCUAACCUGGCCCGAGCAUUGUCUGCGGUGGACCCAACGCUUUGGGCGGCGCCACCACGACCCGCCACGUUAAGCCUUAACAUGCCGCAAGCCUGUUCAGAUCCUGUUAGAGAUGGAGCCGGAGACAAGGUGACUGAAGAAGAAAAUUGUGAGACUGGCGAAGCAGGUGCAGAGUCUCCAGAAAGCGGCGCCAAAGAUGAGGGCUACUCCACAAUGUCCAGCGAUGUUCAAGCCGACGCGUCAAGGCAAAGUGACCAUGCGGCGGACAGAGCCCUACCCGACCUUAACGAAGCAUCUGAUGAAACAGAUAAUCAAACAAUAGUAUCCAUAAACCCCAGAGAAUCUCGCCGGCACGCCAGGCUACUAGGAACCGAUGCGGAUUAUAUCUAUUUUCCAAUCGGUGUAGCGUUCGCUGGAGUUCGAGGAAGCUACCCUCCCUCACGACCAGUCUUGCCCUUUCAACACGUUGUGAGAAGUUUCUCCGAUUCCCAUCUCUGUCUGAAACUACUCGCUGGGACAACAUGCCCGACGAGUUGUCUAGAUAGCCCAACGCCUAGUUCAGGCAUGUUAGUUUUAGAUCUAAACCCAGGCCCAGAGAGACCACUAAGACGACCAGCAAUUGUAUCCACAACGAGUUCAGAAAGAGUCUCAUGGGGAAGUACGGCAGAUGAGCGCGCAGAUGGCUCGCAGUACGAUGCUGACUAUGUUCAACAUUGGCUCGAGUUAGACGAUGCCAGGUCAGCCUUACAACAGCGACAUCGAGAUAUAGGCGAGCUUGAGUACGACAGAGCGGAAUUAGAAGAUUGGAGCUUAUCACUAUCAUGUGAGGAUCUCAGAGACAGACAAUCUCCAUUCGCUGAAAUAACAACUCCUGGGCAAAUUUCGCUAUCGACACUACCGAGUAUAAGAGAAGAUGACGCUUUAGAACUCGAGGAAGACGUAGGAGAUUGUCUAUGGAACGACUGUGGUUUCGCGACAAUCGAAAUUGACGAGUGUAGAAUAGGAGAAGACUUAGAAACAUCAGAAAAGCGGUGGGAAUGUUCCAGAACUCAUUCACCUGGUGGCUCGUGGUCUAGUGCAUCGGACGCUCCAGACAAACGAUCAAGCACAGCGCUGAGUGAGGAUGGUGACUGCGCAAACGUAGGGCUUGAUUUCACCCGGGACUUUUAUAGGCUAGUUAAAUAUGAGAGCACGAAAAGCUUAGCAUCAAAUUCCUCAAGAGGUUUACCGACAGCUGACGGCAAUAACCAUUUACGGUUUCACGAUGUUCAAGCGAUGGCAUUGCAAGAUCGUGAGCAAGCGCUUCAAAAUGUACUUAAUUUCAUCGCAGAACAGCAAAAGUAUUGCCGGGAUAGAGAGGAAUCUGAUUCAAUGUCUUCAAGACCCGUAUCUGAAAUAAGAGAACUACCACCUCCCUACGCGGCGGCCGAUUUCGAUGACGAAUCAAUAGGGCCGAGAAGUGAAGUUUCAGAAGACCGUCCUCGACCAGACUCUUUUAGCAGCUUCUCAGAGAACGACUCCUGUGACGUCCUUCCCGAGAGGCCGAGAAUCCAAUUUUGUGAUACCGUAUCCGAGCCAAGGUCUACUCCACGUUUCAUUGAACGUGAGGGUCCUUACGUAGAAUCAGAGGACUACUACGACGAAUUUACACGAACCGACAACGAUGAAAAUGAAUUAGACGAGCAUCAUCUUUUAAAAGUACAACGGAAGAAUGAAAUCAAUAGAACGAAUGACCUAAGUAAAAUAACAGAUUUAGACAUGUCUGAAAAGUUCGAGGAGAGGUGUGAUAUCGAUUCUAGUCGACCGGAGGAUUUCAAAGAGACUGCUGUAAAAAUAUUGUUAAAGCAAGGUUUGAGCGAGAGGCCAGAACUAGAUACGUGUCUUAUAAAAUCAUCGAGCUUCCCCUUCGCCAACGGCGAGACCGAAGUGUCUUUAGUCGAGGAAGUGCUGAGCGCUUGUAGGCGGAGCACGGGAGCUUUAGUUACCGUUCCCGAGGAGGAGGAGAAUUCAUCUCCCGAAACGAGCUCGCCUCAGAUGACGGAAUCGAAUACGACGAGCACUUCCACUGCCGAAACUGUGAUAGUAAGUAAUAAGGAGAGGGAGAGGCCUAAAGAGAAGAGUCGUAUACCGAUGUUGCUGGGCGGGAAGAGGCCGCCGUCCUCGCCGCGAAGGUCGAAGAUCCCCGUGGUGGAGAAGAAAGGCGUGGCGGCGGCGCCGGAGCCGAUCAUCGUCAAGCAAGAGCACACGCUCAGUUUCCAUGAAGCUGCCACUUCUAAGGACGUCAUUGAAGAACUGAACAGAAUGAUCCGUCAAAGUGAGGGCGCCUCAGAUGUGAAGAGUGAAGACCGAGGGCAGGCGCAGAAAGAUGGCGCUCUGUGGGCGCCGACCGGCUGGGUCCAUGUUGAGAAGGACAUCGACUUCAGCGACCCUAAGGCGCGCGCCAACCUGCUGGACGUGAUGCUGGCGUCGAGCGACUCGUCGCCCUCCUCGUGCGGCUCCUCCCCCGCCGAGCCGCCGCCGCCGCCCGCCUACUCGCGCCUGCACCGCCUGCACCGCUCCCGGAGACAGAAGACCGCGGCCGCGCUGCGCAGCCGCGGGCUCGGCGUGCUGCGCUGGCCGCGCGCGCGCCGCCCCUCCAUCCUCGGGCGCGACGGCUUCUUCGUGCGCUACGGGGAGCCCGAGCGCGCCGCCGUCGCCACCUUCGACUUUCUCGACGACGAGGAGACCAAAGACUGUACCUAUUAGCGAUAACGCCUCCUAAAAAGUUAUAAACUAUAUUUUUCUAUGUGAUACGGUGACUGAAGUGUAUCGCUUCCGCGUUUGUGCGAGCCAAAUUGUUUUUCUAGUGUAGCGUUGUUGAUUGCCGCACUCGGGUGUGGCUGCGGCUUCUUAGACGUUUUACGUAUUUGUAAAUCCAUCUUGAUUUUGCCCCUUGGAUACUGUCCUCUGUAUCAUGAAAAUACUUAAUUACUCUGGCAAAAUCAGAAUGGAUGAAAAACACUUACCUACUUUUAGGUGUAGUAAUUUCACUCUUGUAACGUUAACUCGAAACUACGACGAAGCACCUAGUCUUUAAAAUCUUCCUCGUUUUUACUAAGUAAGGUAGAAAAUGGGCCGAGUUGUAUGAUGACGUGUUUGAUGUACAAAUUGGUAAAACUUUUUCGUUUGUUUAUUCGUGUAACAAAAUCGUACCGCAUUGAAUGAAAUUCACAAUCCUGUUUUGCGUAAUUAUUGUGUUUGAUUGUUUUAUCUGCGUGUGAACGCUUGCAACACAGCUUGUACGAGCGAUAAUAGCUUUUAUUACAAUAGCAAUACGAACGGUUGAUUACUCCCAGCGAUGUCUUGCUUACGCUUCGAACGACUUAGGUAAGAAGACGAACUAUUGACUAAGAAAAUGGAAAGCUGCGGCCUCGAAGUAAUGUGAUAUUUUUGUAUAUACUGUAAGUCCCACUUAUUUUCGUAUACAUUUAAAUGGAUUCAUUUGUAACCGAACGAAGCGUUUUCAGCUGUUGGUUCUAUGGUGAAAAGAUAAUGUGUUUUCGUGUAGUGUCGUGCGUGGCGGUAGUUGCACGAUAUAGGCUUGAAGUUGUACUAAUACACUAAGAGAUGGCGCUAUUGUCAAUUACAACUUUUUAAAAACCAAUUAUUCGUUGUAACGUCCAACUAUCACCACGUAAUUAUACUUAAACUAUUAGGUACUUAUGUAAAUACUGACGAUGAUGAAUUCACGUAACGAGCUAUAGUAACUACACCUAUUAAUUAUAAAGAAUAGUCAUAUUAUAGUGUAACUGUCGAUUAACCUUACAAAAUCCAUUAAAAUCGAAGGGUACUAAAGUAUGUUAAGUGUAUAUAAUAUUACUUGUCAUUGAUGCUAUUUAUUGAUUUGUAUCAUUUGCGGGUCUUCGAUAGUUUGUGGUAUACUUAGGUACAUAUCAUGAAUUUCUCGUUUAUUUAUAUUUAUAUUGGCGUGAUUUAUGGCGAUUCUUGACUUGGGAACUGUAAUGGCCACAAUUUGGGUUGCUAUAGCAAACGACUACCUCUGUGACAUGAAUCUCAAAGGGUUUAUAAAAAAAGUUAAGCUUAUAUAGCGCCACCUGUCGGACAAUAUGUCAAUAUGUUCGAUAGACGCGCUGUAACUACUGAAAUAAAAGUGAUACAUUUAUAACAAUUUGUUUAACUGAUAGCAUAAUAGUAAGGUAUGCAUCCCACUUUGCAAUGUGCACACUCAACCAGAGAGCGAUACGAUUAUUACUAAAUAAUUUACUUGUAACUUACUUAGGUACUGCAACCAAAUUGUUUAAAAAACUCUCACUAAGGAACAAUUACGGGAGUAACAGAUGUCAGAAAUUUUGGCUGUUUGUCAGGAAUGCGGCUGGAAUACGAAAAUGUCAGGAAUCUUAGUGAAUUGUCAGACUUUUCUAUUAUGUACCUAAAAAGGUACAUUAUUCAAAUUUACUUACCUACAUAAAUUCAAAACAAAUCAAAUUUAAACAAUGUAUCAAGCAUACUUAGCAUAUCGCGCAACCCAGGAAUUUUGUCAGGAAAUUCGAAAUUUGGAUCUGGUAACCCUACCUCCAUGUCUAUUACCCGCAUAUCUAAGAAAAUGUUUUUUUAUCAGUUCAUUGACAGCUAUUUUAAUCGAACCUUAUCCUUUCCGGUUGAUUGCACAUCCUUACAUCAAGUCAAGGUACGUCUGUUAUGUAUACUUGCUCUUAAUUGUUUAUAUCUUAUAUAUUUUGAUUGCUUACGGUUGUAAACCUUUGCCAAUUAUGGUUAUUAAAUUGCAUAUGUCCAAAAACGCGUCUAAACAAAAAGAACAUCACCCUGCCGCUUAUUUGCGUAGUUUUGCAAAAUAGAUCCAAAUCAAACAAUUUUUUUAAAUAGAUCAAUAUGACGAACGUUAUUUGUGUUAGGUACCUAUUUGGAUCCGUCUAAACUGACCGUUUAAAUCCCAGCCUAUCUUACGAGCGAACAAACAAAAUGUCGAAAAAAAUAAACAUGUUAUUUUUUUAGAACUCACAGAAAUUGCAGAAAAUUAGCUUGCUAUAUAUUAAUAUCUCGUUCCCACACUUUCAUUACUAUAAUAUGUAGUAGCAAUAUAAAUAUACAAAGUAAAAUCAUUCUUAGGCGCGUGUGAUAUCACCAUCGAAGCUUGUAAAAGACGGGUCAUUUUAGUAUAGACUAAAUGUAGAUGUCCUAUGAACUGGAAUCUUGCCUACUUGAUAUCCAGGACCUUUAUUACACUUUGCUUUGAUCUCAUUGGUCAUAUUAUUUUAUUUCAUUGGAUCACACCAAACCCACGUUACUUAAAGUCACUUAAAGUUCACUUUGGCAAAGUGGAAUAGAGGCUCAAUAGGAUUGAUUUCUCCGAUUUUUCUGCAAGUUUUUCGGUCAAUUAGGUACCUACUAGUUUCUUAGCCUAACUAUUAACAUUUCCACGAAAUCCACUCGUUAAGCACACACAGUUUCAGUUUAGGGGCUUUGCUUUAAAGUUUUAAAACGAAUUUACGACUUUGGUCGCUACACCGACGGCGCGAUCCGGGAAAUGAAUUAGAGAUUCACUAGAUAUGAAAUAGUAAAGAUAUGUGACGUUCCACGGCAAAAGGUACCACUGCCCCGGCUGAAUAUUGGAGCGGCCAUUAAUAAUAGCGUAAGCGGCAACCGCCAUAAGGUACCUUUUGCCGUGGAACGUCACAUAUCUUUACUAUUUCAUAUCUAGUGAAUUUCUAAUUCAUUUCCCGAAUCGCGCCGUUACACUUUAACAUUUGACAUUUUCACUUCCUACUAAGUGAAUAUUUUUUGUAACUUCGUUUGUAAACUUUUAAGCCAUAAGUAUCCUCUGGUUAAAUUACCCCAGCCUUGUUUAACGGUUAAUAUUGAAGACAAUAAAGGAAGAUUUAUACCUAUUAUUAAUUAUUGAUAAAUAUUAACGAAGCGAAACGAUCGAUAUCUAAAAUAUUAACUUAUUAGUAUAGGUUACCUACAUUAUUGAUACGAUGUAUUUGGUACUCUGUAAAUGCGAAUUGGACAGGAAACGUUUGUAUAUAAAUUUGGGUAUUUACUAAUUAAUAGUUAUUACGAUUGUACAAUCGAGAAGUUUUUGUAGUGAUACCAAUUAUUAAAAAAUAUCAAUUUGAUUUCAUUAUUAUCGUCCAUGUCGGGUGUGGUAACCCUGUGUUUGAUUUAUCGUAUACCUAAAAAUAGUAAUGUUAGUAAACAAUGUAAACAAGUUAGAUAACAUCUAUGCAAUUUACCUCCGGAAAUUAUGUAAGUAAAUUACAAUUGUUUGCAUUAAAAUUACCGAGGCAAUGUAAGGCCGUGGUUAUUUUAGGUCUCGACUGAAAAGAAUGUUGAAACAACUGUCAUAACAAUUCCUAUCACCUAUCUAAAUAGUUAAGUGAAAAGGAUCCAACCUACAAAAAAAUUAUAAUUUAAAAUUGUCUAAAAAAAAAGGUUAAAUUAGAAUUGAUUUUGUUUGCGAAUUGGAUCCUUUUCGCUAAAAGAACCCCCGAGUAUUCAGUUGUACCUAUUUUCAUUCCUAUCCAUAGUUGUUAAUUGUCAUGUAAAAUACAUAGUUAAAACGAAUUGGCAUAUUUAUUUCAUAAUAAAAACGUAUUAUAACCAUUGUAUUCAUUAUAAAUAACCGUAGGAUCCAAGAGGUACUGUGAUUGGUAACUACCACUUAAUUUUGGAGCACAAUUCGAAAUAAAUGAAAAUUUAAUAUAAAUCAUUCCUUGGUAAUCGGUGCAUUUGUUCGUACAUUCUAACCUAAGAAAUAGAAUACUUGAGAUAGGUAGGUACUUUGAACAGUACAAAAAGUGUAGAAUAACUGUAUAAUUUAACUUAAACAGAUGGGUAAUAAACGAUUCCGUUCCCAAUUGA